CUUCGGCACAGCUCAGGAUUUGUUUAAACCUUGGGAAACUGGUUCAGGUCCAGGUUUUGCUUUGAUCCUUUUCAAAAACUGGAGACACAGAAGAGGGCUCUAGGAAAAAGUUUUGGAUGGGAUUAUGUGGAAACUACCCUGCGAUUCUCCGCUGCCAGAGCCGGCCAGGCGCUUCCACCGCAGCGCAGCCUUCCCCAGGCUGGGCUGAGCCUCGGAGUCGCCGCUUCCCCAGUGCCCGCCGCGAGUGAGCCCUCGCCCCAGUCAGCCAAAUGCUCCUCCUCGGCCUCCUCCUGCUGACAUCUGCCCUGGCCGGCCAGAGAACCGGGACUCGGGCUGAGUCCAACCUGAGCAGCAAGUUGCAGCUCUCCAGCGACAAGGAGCAGAACGGAGUGCAAGAUCCCCAGCAUGAGAGAGUUGUCACUGUCUCUGCUAAUGGGACCAUCCACAGCCCGAAGUUUCCACAUACUUACCCGAGAAAUACGGUGCUGGUGUGGAGAUUAGUUGCAGCCGAUGAAAACAUGCGGAUCCAGCUGACGUUUGAUGAGAGAUUUGGGCUGGAAGACCCUGAAGAGGAUAUUUGCAAGUAUGAUUUUGUAGAAGUUGAGGAGCCCAGUGAUGGAAGUAUUUUAGGAUGCUGGUGUGGUUCUGGGACUGUGCCAGGAAAGCAGACUUCUAAAGGAAAUCAAAUCAGGAUAAGAUUCGUAUCUGAUGAGUAUUUUCCAUCUGAACCUGGAUUCUGCAUCCACUACAGUAUUGUCAUGCCACAAGUCAACGAAACCACAAGUCCUUCAGUGUUGCCCCCUUCAGCGUUGUCACUGGACCUGCUCAAUAAUGCCGUGACCGCCUUCAGUACCUUGGAAGAGCUGAUUCGGUAUCUAGAGCCCGACCGAUGGCAGAUGGACUUGGACAGCCUGUACAAACCAGCAUGGCAGAUUGUGGGCAAAGCGUUUCUUUAUGGGAAAAAAAGCAAAGUGGUGAAUCUGAACCUUCUCAAAGAGGAAGUACGACUCUACAGCUGCACGCCUCGGAACUUCUCAGUGUCCAUACGGGAAGAGCUAAAGAGGACAGAUACCAUUUUCUGGCCAGGUUGUCUCCUGGUUAAGCGCUGUGGAGGAAAUUGUGCCUGUUGCCUCCAUAAUUGCAAUGAAUGUCAGUGUGUCCCACGUAAAGUUACGAAAAAGUACCAUGAGGUCCUUCAGUUGAGACCGAAACUUGGAGUCAAAGGAUUGCAUAAGUCACUCACUGAUGUGGCCCUAGAACACCAUGAGGAAUGUGACUGUGUGUGUAAAGGAAACACAGGAGGGUAACUGCAUCUUCCACAGCAGCCCACAUCCCCACUGGCAUCCUGAAUCCCCCACUAGACUCCCACAUCCCCACCAGCAUCUGCCACAGGGCUGUCAGAUGCUGCCAUUGGCUGUGGUAAAGAUCUUACUCAUUGUCUCCAUCCAAAAAUCUCAGUUGUUUGCUUCAACAGUCUUCCACUUGCAGGAUUUAAAAGUGUUCUGAAAGAAGAGGCACCAGGAGGAGUCAGGAGUUCCACAGCAGUGCUUUUGAGAGGAAGGUCAAAGGAUGGAAGAACCACAGAAACAAAUCAAGUGUUUGUAGAUCCCUAGCAAGCUCCAGAGUGACAGCAUUUCUUUUCCACUGACAGCAUUGCUAUAAUUUAGUUGUCUUGAUAUGGGCAAGUGAUGUGAACACCAGAAAAUGGUGAAAACUCACAGCUGAUUGCGAACAAUGCAGAAAACCUUGGAUUUUCUCUUCAUGUUUGCAUAUACAAAUCCGAAUGGUCUAUGUUCUACAAACUCAGCUUUUAGAUAGCAGCUAUGUUGCUAUAAAUUAAAUGUGCUGAUAGGAAAGACUGGAUUUUUCAUGCUUGGUAACUUCUUUGCCAUUUGGAAGAAGAGAAGUACAGUCCUGGUUUGCAGGAAGCACACCUGCACAGAGGAGUGGCCUCCCCUCCCCUCCCCUCCCCUCCCCUCCCCUCCCC